AUGACAUUCGCUUCUAGAUUCCAAACGAGUGUAUUCAUGAAUGGCAGGGGCCGAAUUGCAGAUCCUCACGACGACGUGCCGGACUUCUGCUGGGUCACAGCGCAUUUGCCCGAGAGUAUGUCGUGUGACCGGCAAAGUGACGAGGAGAUUAUGAACCUAGUACUUUGCAAGAUCCAGAUUGGGAAUGUCAUCAUUGGUGAUAGUGCCCUGCAUAGUCUAGGGUUCUAUUGCCUUUCGUUACCGGUAAAAGGCAGCCCCGGAAACACCGGUGAAGUUCUAUCUUACGCUGAAACCCUUACAGAGUGGUGGCUCAAGCAGCUUCGGUUGGGUAGAGCCUGUCUUGACCAGUACAGUAUUUUUCAAGCCACAACGCGCUCACUAGAGCACACUAAUCUAGAGGAUGUACCUCAUGGAUGGGGGCUGCCGCGGUAG